ACCUGAAACACGCCCCUCCCCGACUCUUCUUUUUCUCUCGACAACUACUUUCUGUAUCUAUCCCUUUCUCACUCUUUACAUGCAACCAUCACGAUGGGCCUCUGUUUCUCUCGCAAAGCUGUGAAGAAGAAGAAGCCCUCCAAGCGCAUAUCCAACCAGUCAUCAGUUUCUGCUGCUGGUGGUUCGAGCAAUCGGUGGACUCGAAUUCGAUCGUCGAGGAAGGAGACAUUCGACGACUCCACAAUUCACCAGCAGGCUCUCGCGGCGGCGAUUCUGUUUCAGCAACACCAGCACCAGUUGCAGAACGGCGGUGGCGGCUCUGUGGCGUUUGAUCGUUCGACUUCUUUGCGUUACCCGACCGCCAACUCUAAGAAGCAGCAGGCGUUGCCUCGGAGUUCGAGUUCUAGGGCUCGGUCGCUCACUGAUCCUCUGCUUCAGCCUCACCAGCUUGUCAAUCAGGAAGUAAAGCAUGACGAGCUAGAGACCAACCAUUUCGUCCUUGUCCAUGGAGGUGGUUUUGGUGCUUGGUGUUGGUACAAAACUAUAGCACUUUUAGAAGAAGGUGGAUUCAGAGUAACUGCCAUAGAUUUAACUGGUUCUGGAAUUCAUUCAUUUGAUACAAACAGCAUCACAAGUCUUUCGCAAUAUGUGAAGCCACUUACUGGUUUUCUUGAAAAAAUUGCUGAUGGGGACAGGGUGAUUUUGGUAGGGCAUGAUUUUGGUGGUACAUGUAUAUCAUAUGCAAUGGAGCUGUUUCCACAUAGAGUUUCGAAAGCCGUUUACGUAGCUGCAGCAAUGUUAACUAGUGGACAAAGUACCCUUGAUAUGUUCUCCCAAAAGGCAGAUUCAAAUGAUCUGAUGCGUCAGGCUCAGAUAUUCCUGUAUGCAAAUGGAAACACCCAGCCUCCAACCGCAAUCAAUCUUGACAAGUCACUAUUAAGAGACUUGUUAUUCAACCAGAGUCCUGCCAAGGAUGUUGCCCUAGCAUCUGUGUCAAUGAGGCCAAUCCCUUUCGCUCCAGUUUUGGAGAAGCUCUCUCUUUCUGAGAAGAAGUAUGGCUCUGUUAGGCGGUUUUAUAUAGAAACUCCGGAUGAUAAUGCUAUAUCCAUCACAGUACAGGAGAGCAUGAUAAACAAAAGCCCACCUGAACAGGUUUUUCGUCUUAAAGGUGCCGACCACUCCCCUUUUUUCUCAAAACCCCAAGCCCUACAUAAGCUAUUGGUAGAGAUCUCAAAGAUCCCAUCAACUUAGCAUCUGUUUGCUGGUUUGCUUUCUGAAUUCCCUCCCUUGGUAUGUGCAGUGCUGCGAGCAUCUUCGCCUUUAAAAAAAAAAUUGUUUAGCGCCCAAAUGUCUACUUGGGGAUUUUAAUUAAUUUAACAUGUUCAUAUCCAAUUUCAGAAUUCAAUUUUCCUGCACUAUGAGAAAAUCUUCACAAGCAAUGUUGUAGGGUUAUUUUCUUUUCUUCUUUUUUUGCUUUGUUUAUAUAUUUGAUGUUUUAUGAUUUGAGGAAAGGAUGUUCAUUAAGCCUAUGAAAAUGUUGAAUCGAACCUAUGAUUAAUUGGAUCCUACAAACAGUGCAUAGAGAUGUGCACAGGGAUAUUUGCUCGGGACGAAAUUUUUUUCCAUAGGCCUGUUGCUAGAUAAUUUUGUGAAUUUUUAAUUGAGAUUUCAUUUCGGUUUGAGGUUGGAAUAUAUUGCUUCCUUCCUUUCAAGCUACACCAA